CAGUUUUCCAACCGAUCUGGAGUGGGAUGAUUUUGAUGUAGACGUGAUGUCAUAUACGUCUUAUCUUCCUGAUCAGGUUCACAGAGAAGCACUAGACUUCCAACGAGUUGCGAAACGCUUAUCAGCACGAGGCAGAAAAUACUUGAGCAUUGCAGCAAAUAUUGCUGCCAUGAAAUACAAACAAAUAAACCUUGAAAUGCAAAGAGACCUCGCCAAACGACAAAGUGAUCGUCUGAGAACCCUCAAAACAACAGUGAUACAGAAGGAUAUCACAGACAAUGCAGCAAAUACGACAGACCUCUUUGAAAUUGGAACUAUCAUUAAAAUGAGAGAGAACCAGGUUCGAACACAUCUCGUUCAAUCGUUUGGCUUCAUGGACGCUGCCUUACAAUACUACUACUUCCAGAAACCAACCGUGAUCAAACGCUACGAUACCUUGUCUAUCCAAAGAGCCGCUGCGAAACAAGUCCAAUCAAGUAUUACGAUUUUGGAAAGGUUUCCUUCCGCACCCGAAAAUGUUAAACGACCUAUCGAGUACAAUAUCCCUGGGGUUCGCGUACAAGAACUCUUAUCCCCUGAUGGCUGCGAGAAAGAAAUUAAAUUGAGUUCUGUGGAGUUUCAGAAUUAUAUUCGUGUGCGAAUUCUGAGAGUUGAAGUGCGCGCUGACAACAUCGCGAAUGUGUCAAACGACGAAGCCUACAUAGAAGCCACAGCUUCUGGUGAGUCCUUCCAAGACAGAGACUUAAAACGUAAUCCUAUAUCAUUUUCUACCGCACCGAAAAGUUACCGUUUUACCUACAAUAUAGUUACUAAAGAGGCAAUUGUCACUUCGCAACCAUCAUCUGAUUUCGAUUCAAAAUUCAUUAAAAUGACACCAUUUGACAAGUGGGUCUUUCGGCUUCCAAACGUCACUACAAAUAAAGAUCUUCGCUUCUCGUCUGAACUCACAACGUUAAGAAUUAAGUUUUACGUCAACGCAAUCUUUGACCCUCCUCGAUUAUCCAGUCGACGAAGAAGAAUCCGUAGAAGUGAUGUUUCUGGUAGUAAGCACGAUCUUCUCCAAAGAAUUAAUGGUCGCUCAUUAGUUCGAAAUUGGGAUGCAAUAAUGGCAGUUAGCGCCGAACGCGUGAACCAAAUUUGGAAACAACAAUAUGACAAUCAAACUAAAGCUGGAUUUGUGAAGAGCAUAGCAACAGAGAGGACAGUGGAUUCCGAUUAUGGUUUUAUGAUAACGUAUGCAAGAUGCUUUCUUGAGGUUGGCCCGCCAAAAAUUCAAUUUAUCGAACAUAAUCAUAACGAAGUUGCGCUGACGUUCGAGAUAAAGAGUGGGAAAGUUGAAUUCACUUUAUUCAAAAGAAUAAAGGGACGAAUUCCGGAAAAUGCCUUUAAUGUCUUAAAUCACACGAUAAAUAGAAAUGCUGCAGUAACUGCUAUUGUUAGGCUAACUCAAAUAAAAGGAAGAUUAACUAAUGAGUCAUUAGUGGUCCUAGAUUUGUCCACCGCCAUUGUUAUCGUUCCUCACUUAUUUAAUGGUGAUUCCACUGAAUUCAACCUGGCUACUCAAAUUAGAACCUUCUUCGCCAAACGUUUGAGUUCCAGAGACUUCGAAGUUGCUCGAAUCACGUACGAAGACGCUCUAACGCCUCGUUCCCUUGUACCUGAUCGUUUCUACCUGGCUACAGGCGGCUUUAAACCAGACGGUUCAGGUACCGGGAGCCUCUAUAUUUUCUUCCGCACACAUUUUACCAGCUCCUCGGCGACAGUUAACACACCGAGAGAUUUCAACGAUCCCAUCACGAUCGACCGACAGGUCAUUCCGAAUGGUUACGAAGUAGUUUUAUUUAUAAACAACAGAAUCAUCUUCGGUGACAUCAUGGUGAAAGACAUAAAGAAAAAAUUAUCAUUUAGUGUGCAGACGAAAGAUUUCCCAGGUAUGACCGAGAGUCAGCAAUCCAAGUAUGUCGUCGGAGUUCACGACGCGAAGUACCAUUUUAGCUUACGGGCACAAGCAGGAAAAGUUGACGUGUCGAUUAGUGCAAGAAAAUUCAAAGUUAGAUCAAGUAAUAGAGGAAAGAAGAUUAAAGUGACUUGGGAAGUAGAAAACCAGCCAAUAAGGAUACCAUAUUAUGUAGAAAAAUGCGCCGGACGUGUUAUGUAUAAAUGCUGGAACGAACGAAGAACAAAAACGAAAAACUUUGAUGUGAACUUCGUCAAGUACUACAAACCAAAUAUCGAUCAGGCCCAGACCAUUACGUAUACAGGCGAGUCAGCGACGGUGAAUGUUGAUUCGGAUUCCGUGUCGGGAUGGGAUAUAUUUUGGAACAGUGGUACCUCAUUACGACGUGCCAAAAGAAAAAUCGAGUCAAAACUUCGAAAUUAUCUCGAAAAAUUAGAUUUCAAUUUCAGAGAUAUUUCAACAUUCGCUAUUACGCAGGUUCUUUUUCCGAACCAGGAUGUUUUUCAACUGGAAGAGGUGUACAUUCCUGGUGAUAUGGUGAUCUUCGGACGUGUCAAGACGAAGAAGACAAAGUAAUCGAAACGUAAACAUAUUGCAAAAGAUAAGAAGAAGUUUAAUUUUUCUCUGAGCUAUCAGGGGUUUAGAUAAGUUUUAUUUUAGGGAUUUAGUUUUAUAGGUUGAUUACCUUAACAAUCAAUGUGUUCAUCACCUUAACAAUUCAAGUAGAAGUCAAGUCUGUAUGUAAACAAACGGUUUGUUUAAAUUUUGAACUUUUAUACUUUUUGAAAUACGUUGUGUUGUCUGAAUAUCUAACAAUAUUUACGUUCACAACGCUUUAAAUCAGUAUAGCUACUAACUUUUUUUGUUAUGAGAAGAAAUGUUUAGAAAUUUUGAAAUUCACAAUCGUCAUUGUAUCGUAUUGAACCGAUGUAUGUUAUCAGCUUAUAUAUGCUCAUGUGAAAGCCUGCACUUUUUUAAUAA